AUGGCAAAAUCUUUCAAAGUACUCGUGGGAACAUUUUUCUUUUAAUUCUGGAUUUUAUUUAUGGGACUGGCUGGCUACAUGAUCUACAGAUUGAUUGUUUACAGAGAGACUUGGAAUAUAAUUCUUUUUAUUGUGACAAUGAUCCUACAAUUCAAAUAUGUGAAAUCAGAAUUAUUCAUAAAAUUCUAAUUAUGGUUCUAAAUGAUGGAAUGGUUCGACAAGAGAGAAAUUGUGGAAGUGGAAAAACCUAAGAAAAGCAAUUCAAUGGUACAAGACAAUGAUAAUUUAGUUUUGUUUUCAUCCUCACGGCAUAUACAGUAUGGGAAUGGUGCAUAAUUUGUACACAAAAAAUACAUUCUUCGAAAAUUUGGUGGUAUUGAGUUCGCGAUUUGCACUAUCAAUUCCAUUUUCUGGAUUAUUACUAACAUUGUUUGGAUUAUAAGGAGUGCAUCCCGAAAAUCUAACUAAGCUGUUGAAAAAGGGGUCAAAUGUAGGAAUUAUGGUAGGGGGAUUUGAAGAAGCAACUUUAACCAAAUAUGGAGAAAAUAGAGUGUAUAUUAAGGAAAGAAAAGGAUUCAUAAAAUAUGCAUUGAGGUAUGGAACCACAAUCUAUCCUGUCUUUACGUUUGGUGAAAACAAUAUGUUUUAUACUUAUAAUGGAUUUUAAUCAUUGAGACUUUGGCUUAACAAAUUUAAAUUAAUAGGUACCAUCUAUUGGAGUAGAUUUUUAACAGUGCCUGUAUUAUUAUGUUUAUUAUCAAAAGGAACCUCAUAUUGAAAUGAUAACGGUUUGUGGAAAAGGGAUAGAAUUACCUAAGAUUGAAAAUCCAUCUAAGGAGGAUAUCGAUAAAUAUCACCAAUCCUAUAUUCAAGGAUUGAAGGAAUUAUACGAUACAUAUGCUCCAAAAUACGCACCAAAAGUACCUUUAUAGAUAUUUUGA